AAGGUCGAAAAAUAUGAGGAAUUAGCAAGCAGCGUUGAACUUGAAACGCAACGCUUAUUGCGUGAGCAUCGCUAUGAUACUAUUGGUAAUUUCCUCAGGUAUGUUUUAUAAGGACUAUAUUGCAAGCGGAGAGAAAGCGUUAGAUCGAUUUUACCGAAAAUAUCAGCCUCUAAUAACACAUGAACACCAUACUUGCGUCGGUCUUGGAUUUGAAUUAUUACAUCGAUUAACAAAUUUGAACAAGCGAUUUCCAGGAAUAGCAAGUGGCCUCUACUUAGUAUCUUGUGAAGAAACGAUUGGUGAUAUUGCCGGCUAUGUUGGCGGUCCACCAGCGGCAGAUAGCGGCGAGAAGGAGCAUGUAUUAGUGUGCCUGAAAAUCAUGAUUGGUAAACGUCGCGGCGUCAUGCUACUCGACCCCGGUUACCACGUUGCGCGCGUUAUCACUGUAAUGGCCGAUAGAGCAUACCCUCAUACAAACUGGUUUACGCAAUCCGAUGAGCCGACUUGCAAGAAAGAGUACCACUACUGUUUGUGUACUAACGAUCCUGAUUAUGUCGAAUGGCAUGAAAAGAGAACUCAACCUGGUGCCUUGGAGAGAACACAAGUCGCUCUCAUUUAUGUGGCAAGGCCAUAUUUAACUGCCAUUGACGUUACAGAGCGUAGAAACUUGGUUUAUAAUCGCAGAAGUCUCCUUGCCAGAGAUACAAAGGGUCACGUUACUGCUGGCAUAUACUUCUCCGUUAUGGACAUGAACGAAGCACAGACCUUCACAAUUUUCUAUCAGACUGAUAAUGGGAAGAAGCGGGUUAAGAUGGCAUUUAAUAAAUUCUGCGAGUCAUAUAAGAUAAGUCCUAACGCCGAGGAAAUGGAGGUAUUAACGGAAUGUGCACGACAACUUAACAUUUCGCAAGAUGCUUUGAAGGACAUACUCUCUGCUCUAGCUGCAAUAAUGAACGAUUCGUCAUUUGUGACGCAACUAUUGACUAUUAAUGCGAGAAUCAACACCUUAGCAGAGGCAAAUUAACAGACAGAAUGCAGGCCAAGAUUAUACCAUUUUAUGUUAGGAUAAUAUCUAAACAUUUUUUAAAUUAUAGUUUGCUUUUUUUGUAUUUUAUCAUUUUACUUGGAUACUAUAAAUUUUCAUAUGCUAUAUUCUUAUAUAUUAGCAUUUUAUGCUAAUAUAAUAGUGUGAUGAUAUUUUCUUUGAGUAAUGGAACUUAAAGCAAAUUAUAGAUUACUAUAUUUAUGUAGGGGAGACUGCACUAAAAUUGUAUUGGUACAAGGGAUAAUUUUAUUUUAUUACUUCUUUAGAAUAAUAUACUAUAUAUGUAUAUCUUUCAGUUGUGAACAGUGAAUUUGACUUUAUUUGAAUAAAUAAUUUGAGAGACAAAA